AUGAUGCACAUGUUGUGCAUUGAAUCUGGACCAGACUUCGGCAUCAUCCAACUGUUUAUGAGCCGAUUGCGUCCCGCUCUUCUGCGAGCUACAGGGCACAAGGGCCCUUGGGAGGAUGCCUGGGCAGACUUCCGACGGCUCGAUGCCAAGGCGGAGCUACAUGGUUCCCGGCGGGUGGGCAUUGGCUGCAGCGAUUCAGAUGUGGACGUUGUCUCGUCCAUGACCUUGGAAGAGAUUGUGGAAAUCACCAGGUCCCGAGCCUCACCCCGGGCCUUUGAGAUCGACGAACAUGUCCGUUGGGCGCGCGUGCCAAGACUCUUGCUGCGCCAUCGGCCAACCGAUAUCCAGGUGGACAUCAUUUGCCAAAACCAGUUGGAUAGCCAGUCAAACAAGCGGGACGAGGUUGUGCUUGUCCUUUUGAAUGCUUGCCCUUUGGCGCGUGACCUCGUGAUGCAAAUUGGCGACUGGGCUCAUGCGUAUGCAGCAGCGAUGCCACCCAAAGAAGGACUGCUGUCCAUGGCUAUCCAUGGCUAUCCAUGGCUCCAUGGCUACUGA